CGGGGAGGAGGGGGGGGGUCCUCGCACUUGCAUAGGUGGUCGAGGCAUUCCCUGUUUUGCGCGGAAUGUUUCCCGCCGGGCGUGGGCCGGGGGCAGAGCUGCCUCCGCGGCGCGGAGCCGGUCACAUUUACAACGUUUCCCAGUUUAAGGCCAACAAACGGCGGGCGGUUUCGUUCCCUUUCAUUGUCCGUCUCGGUCCGGGCGCUUGUGGGUGUCCGCGGAGGAUGCCUGUCCCCAGCUCUCUCCUCCACCCCCGCUGGUUCUCAGUGGGGAGCGGGCGGGGAGAGGGUGAACCCGCCGCCCGACCGUCCGACCGUGUUUUGGGGGGGAAGGAAGAAGUGAACCGAUGACUUUAUUCGGCGGAGGGAGAUCCGCCGGUGGGCCUGAGGCGGGGCAUCCGGGUACUCCGGGGGGAACGGGAGACCCCGCCCUCUUGUAGCUGUCCGGACUGUUUGCCUGAUCCGAGCCUCGAGUUAGAGGCGGUCUCAAAUAACAGGAGUUGUCUGUACCCAGCGGAAAGAUAACAGGUUGGGAAGAGCGACUGUGUGAGGUGUGAGAAGGUGGCGGUCGGUUGGGCGGGCAGCGGGUUGGCGUGGGCAGGGGUGACGGGCGGCGCUGCGGGCGGCCCGCCGGGGGCCUGGCGCGGGGGUCGGGCGCCGCCUCCCCCCCGGGUCCUGCGGCUGCGGCGGGCGGCGGGGAGAAGAUGGCGGCUCCCAGCCCGCGGUGGCGGCGCGUCACCGACAGCAGCGGCCCGGUCCCGCGGCCCCGCCACGGACACCGCGCCGUCUCCAUCCGCGAGCUCAUGGUCGUCUUCGGCGGCGGCAACGAGGGCAUCGUGGACGAGCUGCACGUCUACAACUCGGCAACCAACCAGUGGUUCAUCCCAGCAGUGAGGGGGGAUAUUCCUGCAGGAUGUGCAGCGUAUGGAUUUGUGUGCGAUGGGACUCGUCUGUUGGUGUUUGGUGGCAUGGUGGAGUAUGGGAAGUACAGUAAUGAGUUGUAUGAACUACAGGCAAGCAGAUGGGAAUGGAAAAAAUUGAAAGCCAGGGCCCCCAAGAAUGGCCCCCCACCGUGUGCCCGACUUGGGCACUGCUUUUCAGUAAUUGACAAUAAAUGUUAUUUAUUUGGGGGAUUAGCCAAUGACAGUGAAGAUCCAAAAAACAAUAUUCCACGGUAUUUAAAUGACUUGUAUAUAUUGGAGCUUAAGCCAGGGUCUGGAGUUGUAGGAUGGGACAUACCAGUCACGUAUGGAACUCCGCCCCCACCUAGAGAGUCUCACACAGCAGUUGUGUAUCGUGGCAAAGACAAUAAACCAAAACUUGUCAUCUAUGGUGGAAUGAGUGGCUGUCGACUUGGAGACCUGUGGAUUCUGGAUGUUGAGAAUUUAACGUGGAAUAAGCCAGAAGUUGCCGGAGUUCCACCUUUGCCCAGAAGCUUGCACUCUGCCACAAUGAUUGGGAGCAAAAUGUAUGUUUUUGGUGGCUGGGUCCCCCUUGUGCUUGAAGAUGUCAAAGCUCCCACACACGAGAAAGAAUGGAAGUGCACAAAUACCCUGGCGUGUCUGGAUCUUGAAACAAUGACUUGGACUCAGAUCUCAACUGAAUCGUUUGAGGACAGCAUUCCUCGUGCCAGAGCAGGUCACUGCUCUGUCUCCAUAAGCACACGUCUGUAUGUGUGGAGUGGUCGAGAUGGCUAUCGAAAAGCUUGGAACAAUCAAGUCUGUUGUAAAGACUUGUGGUAUCUUGAAACGGAAAAGCCUCCUGCUCCUGGCAAAGUCCAGCUGGUUCGAGCAAGCACCAACUCUCUGGAGGUCAGCUGGGGAUCAGUAUCUACAGCCGACAGUUACUUGCUUCAGCUCCAGAAGUACGACGUGCCAGCAGCCACUGCUGCCAUGACCCCUCUGACAAACUCUGGCGUUUCGGGCGUUCGACCGCCCAGCAGUCCUGCUCCCGCAGCAGCCGCACCAGCGUCAUCACCCUCGCCAGCACCACCGGGAAUCCGCUUUGUUACGCAGACAGCCGCCACAGUGGGGACACAGGCUGCACCCCUCACCCCUGCCGCAACGUCACCAGCUGUACUCAGGAUUCCUGCUGCUGUGGCCUCUCCGCGCACGCCAGGGACAACAAUGAUCAGAACAGCAGCAGGCCAGGCAGUGGUUGCAUCAGUAGCUUCAACCGCACCCCUCAUCACUGUACAACGGCAAGUUGCACCUCAGGGUAAAGCACCCAUCACUGUAGCAACCCUUCCACCGGGUAUUCGUAUGGUGAGACCAGCACAGACCACAGCAGGGACUCCACUUACCUCCAGCCCGCAGAUGAGUGGAAUGGCAGCUCUUGCUGCUGCAGCCGCUGCCACUCAGAAGAUUCCUUCAAGCACAGCAGUUACCUCAAUUGGAAUUCACCCAGGCACAACCAUGGUAAAAACAAUGACAGUCACCCCUGGAGCCAAUACUUUGCCAGCCACUGUGAAAGUAGCCACUCCAUCAGUCAUGGUCAACGCACCAGCAACCUCGAUGUUGAAGACAGCCGCUGCUCAGUUAGUGACUCCGACUCAUACUGCCACCACCACCGCUCCGACUAGGCCCAUUAUUACAGUGCACAAAUCGGGUGCGGUCACUGUGACCCAGCAGACUCAGGUGGUGACCACUGUGGUGGGAGGGGUCACCAAAACAAUUACAUUGGUAAAGAGCCCCAUCUCCAUGGCAGGUGGAAGCACACUGAUUUCCAACCUGGGCAAAGUGUUAACCCUACAAGCUAAACCAGGGCAACAGGCCACCAUCUCAGGCGCAGGGUCCACUGGGCCACUUACACAGAUCUUCCAGACUAAAGGUCAACUGCCCCCAGGGGCCACCAUAUUAAAGCUCGUUACUUCUGCAGAUGGGAAGCCUGCCACCAUCAUCACCACUUCCCAAGCAGGAAAUGUGGGCCUUAAGCAGACACUCGUGAGCCUUGGCAACAUAUCACCUGCCUCUUCUAAACCAACAACCACCAUUCUCAAAACUAUCCCUAUGUCUGCACUUAUUUCACAGCCUAGUGCUACAGGUGUCACGGGGAGUGCUGGCAUGAAAUCGCCAAUUACAAUCAUCACCACAAAAGUAAUGACAUCUGGAACUGGAACACCAACAAAAUUCAUUACUGCUGUGCCUAAACUGCAGGCAGGGCAACAAGGACUGACCCAGGUAUUGCUGAAGGGCACCGCAGGACAGCCUGGCACUAUACUACGAACAAUCUCUGGGACACCAGUGAGUGGUGUCAGGUUGAUCACCCCAGUCACUGUAUCUACCACAAAACCAGCACUCACUACUUUGGUAGUGAAAGGCACCACAGAUGUCAAUACAUUGGGCACAAUGGGCACCACACUGGCAGGAGUGUCUACUGUAUCGCCCACACUCAACACUCCCAUUGCAACCCUUGGCGCCAUCACCAACCUUACCGGCCAGGUAAUCAGUGCAUCCCCCAAUACCUCUCAGAAACUCACUGCAGUAACUGGAAGCACUUCCACAGCUCCCAUCAUCGCUCUUCAGCCUGCUUCUGAGCCAAACCGGGUGACGAUCGUCGCUGCCCCCAGUGGCAUGGUGACACAACAAGCCCAACAGCUCGUCAAUUCAGGGUCCACUUUGAUUGCAGCUUCUCGGGCUUCCACCGUGACAUCAGACACUCAGACCCAGCAGCUUGAGUUGAUAGAAGUACCGGUUAGGUGUUCGAACCCUCCACAUGAGACGAUGGAAACUAACACCACCAAUACCUCUACAACCACCACAGCGAAUAUCGCAGCAAACCAGGUCCAGCCUCCCGCCCUGAAUGCUCAAGGUCUCCCUGAAAGUGUGCACGGUGAAACUGCAACAGCAGGGACGACUAACACUGCAACCACUGCAUCUACAGCUCAGAGUGGGGCAGUCACCAUGGUAACGCAGUCCACACCUGCGCCUGGCCCCUCCACACAGGCGGUCCCAUUGACUGAAGCUCAACCUAAUAAUGAUGAGCAAGGUUCCGUGGUGACGAUGGGUCACACGAUUUUACAGAUUCUUCCUGCCAGCUCUUCAGGAGCAACAGCCAACAUCACAUUAGCUCCUCAGACAGCACCAGAAGGAGUUCAGAUGCCCAGUACCCCAGCAGUGCAAUCACUGCAGCCCCAGUCCUCUGUCGGCCUCCAGCAGGACCAGCUCCUUCCUCCCCGUGAGCUGCUGGCUGACAGCCGGCCUGAGACCCUGGCUGACUUGGGGCUGUCCCCCGAAGAGCUGGCUGUAGCAGCGGCUGCAGAGGAAGCAGCUCGCUUGGCAUUACUGGAUGAAGAAGCCAGGGCAACGACGACGGCACCAGCGGUGGCUCUGGCAUCUAAUGAGGCUACAGCAAGGGAAGAGCCAAUGGAAACCUCAUCAGCAGAUUUGGCAACAAUGCAGCCAGCACAGCUUUCUCACCAGGCUCUGCAGACACUGGUGUCCCUGCAGUCUAUUGUACCGUUAGCUGAACUUGCACAGCAGGACAUAGAAAGAGCAGGCCAGCAACAGGCUUCAGAGAGCAACCAACCCUCCCGGCUAGCAGAGGCUCUAGCACCAGCAGAUAGUCUCAAUGAUUCUACCUCGGAGACCAAUGGGCCUCAGGAACUGGCCAACACUGUCUCAAGUGUUCAGCUGCCCAUUCUGAGAACCACGGGUCUAACGCCAUAUACUUCUCUACUGACACCGUCAACCAACCCAGUCUCCAGUCCAGUGAAACUACAGGCAGCCACUGCUUUAGCUCAAGUAGCCAAUGGAAUAGGACUUCCUGCAUCGAAACAAGAUGCGUCUCCUGCGCAGCCGCAGCCAAAGCCAACAGUCAGGAAGGAAGCCAAUCAGUGGUUCGAUGUUGGUGUAUUUAAAACUACGAGCACGGUGGUGGUUUCCUAUUUCUUGCCUGCAGAGGGUUCCCAAGGGGAAGAGGAUGGAAGUGGAGACAAUAUCCCAGACCACAGCAACCUGAAGACUGUCAAGCUGCAGUCGGGUACUGCCUAUAAGUUCCGGGUGGCCGGAAUAAAUGCUUGUGGGCGGGGUCCUUUCAGUGAAAUUUCAGCCUUCAAGACCUGUAUGCCAGGAUUCCCAGGUGCACCAUCUGCCAUCAAGAUAAGCAAGGUUGCUGAAGGUGCACAGCUCUCCUGGGAGCCUCCUGCCGUCACCUCUGGAGUCAUUAUUGAAUAUUCUGUGUAUUUGGCACUGCCAGGGUCACAGGCAGCAGAUCCCAAGCCUGUGGGGACUUCGCAUCUGCUCUUUGUCCGUGUUUACUGUGGGCCAAUUCCCAGUUGUUUGGUGUCUUCAACCAACUUGGCAAACGCACACAUUGAUACGACCACGAAGCCUGCAAUAAUCUUUAGGAUAGCAGCCAAGAACGAGAAGGGCUACGGACCAGCCACCCAGGUCAGGUGGCUACAAGAUGCCAGUAAAGAUGGGGCAAGACCUGCAGUCAAGCGUUCUGUCACAUCCCCUGAUAACAAGCUCUUAAACCUGAACAAGAAGCCCAGGCCAGAUGGAUCUUAAUUCCCUUGUGCGCUGUGAACUGUCGCCUUUUUGUUUCAUAUGCCUGAGAACUUGCUUGGUUUAAGAUCCACUUCGAUAUGCUGGCACACCUUCUAUUUGGAGGGUUUUGUUUCAGAAGAACACAGUCCUCGCUUUUGUUACUGUUCAUUUAAAAUGAGGACAGAAUCUCAGUGGAAACCUGCAGUGAACUGAUGGUGUUACUUGAAGGAAAGGCACCCUGUUGCGUGGAACUUCAUUCAUUUGCCAAAUUAUCCAUUGUCAAUUUAUACAGAUUUUCUCAUCAGAGUAAAGCUAUUUUGUUUUUCUAGUCCCUUUUCUUUCCUAUCCAUAUGACGCUUACUCAUUUUACUUUGACGAAAUGCUCAUCAAGGCCAGAAUACAGACCCAAUAUUAUCAGCCAUGUACCAUUCUCUAAAAGGGAAGUGGCACUUGGGAUUCCAGACGUCUUCCAGUCCUUGCCAGCUUGUUUCCUUCUCAGGGUAACUGGGAUCAUUUGGGGGAAUUCUGUGCUGAUUCCCAAGUUGAAUACUUCUGUGAAAAGCACUUCUUUCACACCACCCCAUCUCCAGCCUGUUCUGGUUGAGCAGGAGAUAACUGAAGCAAUUCUUGGAGCCUUUGUAAACGCUUAACAGAACAUGUGCACCCACGUGCUGUAUCUUUUCGGAGGGAAUUCUGAAUAUAUAGUUCCUGUUUUAUUGCCACAACGCAAGACUUUGUGCACACUAUCACUGUACCAUUUUAUCAAAGAUCCCCUUGUUACCUACUAGUCAGGAAAAGCACUCACCUGUGCAACUGGUUUAAAACGUCCUGAGGUUUUGUAUUAAGAUGGCAGCAGGGGGGAGAAGGAGUGGAAAUUAAUUCCUUAAUUGUGGAGCUGGAUUGCAGAAAGUGAGCAUAGAGGAGGAGGCAAGAUUUUUGUCUUGAUUAUGAGCUGUACAGGUCUGUCUGAGGCAGGUCUGUUUUCAUCCAGUCACAGGUUGGGGGCAUUAUUGUUAAGGCCAGCAAUCAUUGCCCACCCUCAGUUGCCCUUGGUGAGCUGCUGCCUUGAACCAUCUGAUGUGAAGCUGCUCCUACAGGUCUGUAGGGUAGGGAGUUCCAGGGCUGAGACCCAAGAGUGAAGGACCAGCAGUAUAUUUCCAGGGGAGGAUGGUGUGUGGCUUGAGGUGUUUCCUUGUGCCUGUGGAGUGAAUGACUGGAUGUGGUGAGAAGUUUGUAGUUACCCUAGGCAGCCAAAUUCUGGAUGAUAAGGGGCUGUGUGGAUGCUGGAAGUGGUUAAUCAGGAAGUGGAAAUGUUUCCCAGAUUUGGGAAGUUGGCAGGAGGGAUGCUGAUUACAAAUAAAAUGCUUCUGCUUUGGGUCCUGAUAGUGACUGUUUACCCGUCCUUAAGAGCAGGAGAAAAGAUGUAAAUCUGAAGAUCAUUUCACCAUCUCGAUAUGUUGCAAAGUGCACGGGUGUAUUCACUCUGCACACAGUCCCUCGAGUUCAGCGUACUGAGUUUACACUGAAUUAUUGAACACUGCCUCCUUGCCCAGUUGUCGCUGGAUGAGAAUGUGAACGGCAGUGCACAGAAGGAGGAUCGGCAUCUGUGGGAAGAAACAUCCCCAAAAUAUGACACUCACCACGUAAACAGCGUCAGUGUGUGAGCCACUGAAACGCAGGGCUGAGUCGUUUGGAAGCAGCACUGCCUGCCUGGGUAGGUGUUUCCAACUGAUUGGUGUUCAGCAUUGUAUUUAUCAUGUCAGGACGUGAUUUGAACACACAGCCCCUGUUUUGGAAACAGCUCAUGUUGGUGUGAGUUAAACACACAAGAUCAAGCAGAAAAAUUAACAAGGAAAGUUCCCCGAGUGGUUGAGUAAUCACAUGGGCUGCACGCUCUGAGCUGAACCAAGUGUGCCAAUCUCCUACUGAGGUGCAAACCAUUACACAGGAAACGAUGAGGACAUAAUUUCCUCUCUAAAGUGUUUUGUGAAGGUUUAGAUUUUUCCUAUGUAAUAGUCAGAAGUAUUCUGAACCUCCUCAAAUCAUUAGAUUGGUCGCAUUGUCAGUGGGGUGCCUCUAAUGGUCCUACCUGUAACAGGUGUAGUGGGAGGAGGAUUCAGUUUGAGGGGUGCCUUUAUCCUUGUGCCUUUGCUGAUGGGGCAACCAGAAGCCAUCAUUCAGCCCAAUGUAAGAAUGGCCACUCCGACAAGAGACAACUGAAAUUACUUUGGAGUUACAGAAGAGAGAAUAUUUGGGCAAUAGGUUUUUUUUUUGAAAAGCUAGUUCUCUGCUCAGUGUGCUAGAUGUUGUGUAUUUCCUGCUCCACACUGCCUGUGGUGACAUCAGUAACUUGUGUUCCUUUCCUCAAAGAUGGCACUUAAUCAUUGGAGUCUGCAGAGUCUUCUGAUCAAUGUCUUGCAGCACUCUCCUUGGAUUUCUUUGACAUGUGUAUUGACCUGCCAGUGCAAUUCUUGUUUUCUUUAAUGACUAGGACCCAAGUGUACCACUACUUUUGCCAGUGCUGCAUUGUGACAGGCCAGUAUUAACCAAUACUGUACCCCAGUGUUAUACAGUUACAGAACGGUUUAUCAGUGUUAUACUAUGACAGACACGUAUCCAUCAUUACUUUCCCCUAGUGUGAUAGGUAUAUACACUCCAAGUUUGCAAGAACAAUAUUAAUAAUGGAACCAGGUUAUGUUGAGAUUUGUGGAGGCACGAUUUGAAAACCUGGAGCAAAAUCUUUGACACAGUUUAGAAUUUACUCUCUGGCAAAUAUCUCAGUCUAUUCAAAAGUGACGUUUGAGAUCUGUAGGUUCCUGUGAAAACAAAACAGCCUGUUUUUUAAUCUCUUGUGAAAGAAACCACUCCUCAGACAAAGCCCUGAGAAAUGAUGUUACCCUCCUGUCAAAUUACACUUGCACAGCUCAGAGCCGCCUGGGCUGCUGCUGGUUGAAAGGUCAGAGCCAGGAGUUUGUAUUUCUAGGUGGGAGUACUGAUGUCGGUGACCAUGGAUUCUGUUCAGCAGUUGGAACGAGCAGCAGCCUGACGUCGCAGUCCAGAAUUGGUCGCACCAAAUCACUGUCCAAAGAGACCGAUCAAACAGCACCUCCAAUGCAGACGGUCUAACAAUCGCCCUGCUUUUGUGUGCCUGGUUGUGGCAAAACUAAGGUUUUAUUUUAAAAUGUAAUAACUGAGCCUGUUUUUUUUUAAAGAUUAUAUAUAGUUUUACAGAAAGACCUGAGAGGAGGUAAUGUGCAAAUGUUUCUGCAUUUUUUCUAAACCUCUUUGCAAAGACUACGGGAUGUGUCUAUCUGGAUUUCAUAACUUUAGAAUCUGUACAUAUAAUUAAAGCUUUUUUUCCUCCCCCAUUUCCUGGAUCAAUCCUGUCUGUCAGAGAUUGAAAGAGCACCCUAGCUCCCAAACCAGAAGCCUUUUGCUUUAAGCUCUUGGAACAUAGCCCAUGGUUUGUUGUUUAGUCCAAUGGGCAGGUCAGUGGCAAAGUCGGAAGGUUUUUGGUCAUCAGGGGAAGAGCUGUUGUCUCUGUACAGGGUCUGUGCUUAAAUGAUGAAAAGCAAAAAAGGCCAGAGUUUGGCUCCAAUGGUUUUGUAAUAUUAUUGUACAGCUUAGAUAGGAAGUGUGCUAGUGUUAUUUUUUAUUUUUUAAAAAAAAGUUUUGUAUAGUUUUUACAUGUUUAAAAUGAGCAGGGUGGGCGGGGGAGGGUUGGGAAAACACGGGUAGUUUAGAAUUUACUCUCUGGAAAAUAACUCCAUCUAUUCUUUUGCCCCAAGUGCUGUAUGUAACUGUUUCCCCCACGCUGUGAAGUUGGUACCAUUUAUAUGUACAUCUCUGCUGCUUUCACCAGUUGUAAUGAAUUUAUAUUUUUUUGGAUUAAAGGAAAAACACAAAAAAAACAUUGUCCAUUGUAGAAAAGUCAAAUUAUAAAUCAUUUUGCUAUCUUUUGUG